AUGGCUGUACCUAAAGACGCCAUCCCUUCCUUGUCGGAAUGCCAAUGCCAGAUUUGUCUAGAAAUCCUAAUUGAACCUGUAACUUUUCCUUGUAACCACACGAUCUGUAAGCCGUGCCUCCAGUCGAUUAUUGAAAAGGCAAAUUUAUGCUGCCCAUUCUGCCGCCGGUGGAUCUCUUCGUGGGCCCGGUAUCAUACCCGAAAAAAUUCUCUUGUCAAUAUGGAACUGUGGGAAAUAAUUCAAAAGUACUACCCAAAAGAAUGCGAGCUUAGAGCCUCUGGACAAGAAUCAGUGGAAAUCGUUGAUGACCAUCAGCCAGUUCGUCUGUUAAGUAUGCCUGGUGAAUUACGAAAGGAAUAUGAAGAGGAGAUAAGGAAGAUGGAGACAGAGCAACGAGCUACGCAGGAAGCAGAAAACAAAGCCAGUGAAGAAUAUAUACAGAGAUUAUUGGCAGAGAAGGAAGAAAAGGAAAAAAGACCAGCAGAAAAAAGGCAAAGAGAGAUGGAAGAACAACUGAAAAGUAAUGAAGAACUGGCAGGAAAACUUAGGGUUAAUAGUAACAAUUUCUGUGAGAGAAAUAUCUUGGCUUCUCCCUUGAAUUCCAGAAGAUCUGAUUCGGUCACAAUCAAGGCACAAAAGAAAAGGCAGAACCGUCAAAAAAACACUGGCUGUAUUCAGAAGUAUUUGUCACCUAAAUCUCAAUUUGGGUCAACAUCAAAGUCUGAAGUUGUACAAGGAAACAGAAAGAGCACCAUGUCUAAGGAAAUUAAUA